AUGCGGUACACGGUAGUGCAGCAUAAGCAAGCUGGCGACGCACCCCAUGGCCCAUCAUCUGUCAAGCGUGUGCCUGAUCCGUAUCAAAGAGAGGCUUCGGCUGGCUUCUUGCUGUUGUUUGGCGAUGGCAAUCUCAACGCAUUGCCUUGUAUGUCCAAAAAGAGGUUGAAGUCAGACAUUUCGAUGCAGGUUUAUACGCGUGUACUGGUCGAACGGCACAAGCAUCCAGGGCACAUUGGCGGUUACUAUGAGGUCUUUGUGAGGUUGCCGCACCGCAGGGACAGUGGAGCAAGCUAA